AUGGCUCCUGAAGGGGUAUGCGGGGCGGGCAGGAAGGGCUGCAGAGAGGACGGUGGUGUGACCGGGGAGUUUAGGAGGAGAGAGGAACAUAGGAAUAGGACUGUUGAUCUGAUCAUUGUUCCAUCUCCUCCACUGAUGGAUACUGAGGCCAUCCACCUGGGAGCCUUCAUUGGACUGCAGUAUCUGAAACAGCUGGAUCUGUCUGAGAACAGUUUAGCAUCCAUUCUACUUCUACCCCCAACCCUGCAGUAUCUGAACUUGUUACACAACAGUAUUCUCAGGCUGGAACCCAAGGUGUUUACUAAUCUGCUUAGCCUCAGAAUGCUCAGCAUGGACAACUGCUACUACAAAAAUCCCUGUGGCACAUCGGUGGCUGUUCCUGAAGGAGUCCUGUCCCACCUGGGAAACCUGACCCUGCUCUCUCUCAACUAUAACAACCUGACCAGCGUGCCACAGAACCUUCCAGCCAGCUUGAAAAAUUUCUUUCUCUCCUUUAACCAGAUUACCCACAUCUCAAAAGGUGAUUUUGGAAACCUCACCAAUCUCCGGACGUUGCAUGCGAAAGGGAACUGCAGGAGAUGUGACCACACACUGAACCUGUGUGCAGAGUGCAAUGGUUCCUUCCAAAUAGAUCCUGAUUCCUUUCUUCCCCUGAGGUCCCUGGAGGAGUUGGUGCUGUUGGACAAUUUAUUUAAUGAACUAGAUUCUCAGUUAUUUCAGUCUUUGGGGAACUUAAAGAUGCUUAACCUGACUGAUAACUAUCUUUACAAUGCCAUCACAAGCAGUGCAGCAUUCAAAUGGCUCACCAGGCUCCAAAAGCUUUUGUUAUUUUUUAAUUACUGAAAGAAGCAACUGCUUGUGUCAAUAGACGCAGAAAGUGAAUUUGAAGAGGCAGCAGCAAAUGCAAAGUUUGAUAUGAACUCCACCAGUCCUGAAAAUGUUAAACCCAGUUACCAGAAUUACAGCAAGAUUCUCAAUUUAGCAGGAAACAAUCUUGUGGCUGUGAAAGCAGUGAUGUUUAAGAACAUGCUCAAGGCACUUAAUGUGAAUCAUCACAAAAUAGCAUGUCAAUCUAUAAAUGGCUCGCAGUUCACCCUCUUGAACAAUCGCCGCAUGCUGGAUCUUUCCUACAAUAAAAUCAAUUUGUACUUUGAAAAUGCCUUUACUGAGCUCCACCUCCUGGAGGCCUUAGAUCUCAGUUACAACAGUUAUCACUUCUUGAUGCAGGGUAUUGGUUACUACCCAAAUUUCAUAGCACACCUCAAACCUCUUAGUUUGGCUCAUAGCUCUGUUGAUUCUAUUGUAAUGGUUAUCAGCGGCACCUCCUUAAAGGUUCUGAUGUUCAACGGAAACCAAUUAGAGAUGAUGUGAGGGCAUGAAGACAUCUACCUGAGGUUCUUCCAGAAUCUGACCAAUUUAAUUAAGUUAGAUAUUUCCAGCAAUCACUUGACAGGCCUCCCUUCACAGAUUCUUGAAAACCUGCCUAAGACUUUAAAGAUCUUGUGUGUUAAGAGCAAGCACAUCACUUUUUUCAACUGGACCAACCUGCAGCUCCUGCCUAAUCCGGAGGUGUUGGACUGGGUGUGGUCAGUGAAGAAAAGUAGUGCAGAAGAGGUGGAAUAUGAUGCAGUUGUGGCUUUCAAGAAAGAUCAGGAAGCUGUAGCCAACUGGGUCUAUAACAAACUCCAAGUCAGAAUGGAAGACUGGCUCGUCAAACUUUGUCUUGAAGAAAGAAACUGGAUUCCAGGGAGAUCCUUGUUGGAAAACUUGUGGGAUUCAGUUCACAAGAGCAAGAAAAUAAUUUUUGUGCUUUCCAAGUUCCAGCCCGUGAACGGCAUCCUGAGAACUACCUUUCACCUGGCACAGCAGCAGUUGUUGGAGGACAAAAAGGAUGUGGUGGUGUUAAUUCUGCUGGAAGAUGGAAAAGAAAUCCAAGUAAAUCCAAUUCAGCUUUGGAAAUAUCUCUGCAAGAAGACAGUCUUGUUCUGGCUCGAGAAGCCCUGUGGGCAGCAGUGUUUUAGGGACAAGUUCCAGACAGCCUUGGCCAAGGAUAACCACAGGCUGUACGGCAAAAAAUGCAGCCUGAGCUUUUAA